AUGUUCUUUUCCUGUAUACGUUCACAUAUUUUAUGGCGUACAACAGUACCUUGCAGUGCUUUUACGAUUAGAAAACACGCGCGUAGAGUGCUCCACACAUCUUCUUAUACCACCGACCCCGCGUUUCAACAAAAGAUCCUGAUACCCACAAGUGGAAAAAAAGCCCGAGCGAAUGUUCUCUCUACGCCCGCUAAAAUAGUGGAGCCAUCAAGUCCCAUUGCUUCCUCAGCACUAAAUACUCAACAACAAAAAAGAGAGCACCGUAAGGAUAAUGUUCAGACCCAGACUUCUGCUAUCAACAGCAACGAGGAAAGCGCAAGCACUCAGCAUCCUUUUUCAGGGCAACGUGUUUGGGAUGAGAUACCAAAUUGGUGCUCGCUUUGUGUAGAACCCCUGAACAUAUGGAAUGAGCAUAUUGGUAAACGUGAUCACAUUUGUCUGGAGAUGUUCUAUGAUGCCCUGAUCCAUUACGAACGACGGUGGGACCCAUCUAGUGUUUGGGCAGAUGUCGAUGACGUAUUCUGUCAUGUUAAACGCCCUAGUGAAGUACACGAUACACUGAGGGAGACGGAAUUUAACUGUUUACCUUCCUCCUCCUCGGCGUUAGAUUGCGCCAAUAGAGCAUACGAUCAGGGAACCAAGGCUCGACGGCACGAGCUCCUGGCCUGUUUGCAGUACCUGCUAUUUUGUGGUGUUAUCCAACUCGAUACGAACAAUCUCAACCAGGUCAGCUUCAUUGGCUCACUGGUGCUGUUCAAGGAGCUCUUCUCCCCUCUAGCACAGGUCUUCCCCCUUUCCAAUGCGAAGGAGGUUUCUGCCCUGACACAAAUGAUCUCCGCGAGCUACAACUUCGAAACGGUGUUUGAUUUGUGUCGAAUGGAUACACUGGUGCCCGCAGAGCUGCUUCAGGCACGUCGAGGCCCUUCGUCGAAGCCGCCGACGACCAUCAUGGAGGACUCAGGUCUGCACGACGAUCCACGCUUAGCAGAGGACGACGCAGACGACGGUGCGUGGGAAAAAGCCGUGGAGGGUGUGAUUCCCUAUACCUUUAAGGGGACCUUUUGUCGUGCGCUUCUAGGAGCGCUACGCUGGGCUCUCGAGCCGGACAGCGGGGACCCGCCUGCGGCCAUUACGGCGCCCGAGUUCGCACAGAAGAGCAACAUCUACACAAUUCUCGCCACUCACACCGCCCGCUUAUUGCUUUCCGAGAUCAUAGAUUGCAAGCUGACUGAGUAUGUCGUCCGAGUGGAAGGGGUUUUUCGUGAGGAACGAGGCCUCGCCGAGGCUACCAUGUACCGUUUCGGCAACUGUAAAGUCUUCCACCCGCACGCCUCGUCCAAGCCGGGGAACAAGAAGAAAAGCAACGAAACGACUAAGCAUGAGCAGUUGAAGGCGGCUCGUAAGGCUCGUGCGGUUGGACAGCCGUACUACGCAGGGCGAUCGGAAGUUGUUCCGAGUUUACCAAAUUGGGGGAUGAUGCAGUACAUGGACGGGGUUUUAGUUUAUAACGAAGCUUUCGGUAACAGUAGUCAUGAUGUGAACGAGGUUGUUGAUACAGGAACUUGUCGUAUUGUUUCAAAUGAUUAA